UCCAUUUUUCCACUCCACGUGUUGUUCCGCCAGUUUUCGUGUUAUCGUGUCGAAGGUGCAUCAGGAAACAGACACAGGCGGAAUCGUCAGGUGCGCGCAGCAUCCGCAGGACCGGGCGCGUUCACGCGUCGCGGGAGAGCGGGACGGAGGAGGAAAAAUCGGACUUCUUGACCAUUGCAACAAUACUGGGGACUGGAAUCUUAGGUCUUCCAGUAACGAUAGCCCAUGCCGGGCUGGUGCCUUUCCUCGUCUCCUUUCUCAUCGGCUUCUUCGUGCAGGGCUUGCUUAUCUACCUGUUUGUAGAACUUCUUCAGAAAUGUCAGCUCGUGCAGCUGGAAUCUCUGAAGACAGGUGUUGCCGAGUGCAUUGUGAUGGAUCAAGUGGGCGUAGAGGAUCCUGCCCCCACAGAGGAAGAGGAUGAAGAUGACAGUGAGAAUGCAGAAGCAGAUACAGGUUUACUGCAGACUGAUCCAGUUGCUCUGCACAGCCAAGCUGACGGUCUGCAACCCAACCUCCAUCUGCUCGGCCGCCUCUUUCUCUCCCGGCCCAUGAGCCACGCUUUCAACUGCAUCCUCCUCUUCCAGUUCGUUUCAAUCGGAAUCAGUUACGUUUUAGCCGGCAGCGAGGCCUACGCUGCUCUUUUUAACAUCAGCCACAUCUAUGUCAUCCCAGCCUUCACCUGGAUUCUUACCCUCGCUAUCUUACUGGCCCACACAGUCAUUCAGCCAAUUACUUCGCUGCUCACCCUCCUGAAAGGAAUCCUGCUCAUUGUCACGGUGGCUGUGACAUUUGCAGUGGGGUCAGAGGUCGGCCUUCAGAGCAGCAGCGACUUCAGUCAGAUGGGGAAACCUUUCCUAAUGGGCACAGUGGCUCUGGGAGGGAUUGUAAACGUGAUGCCUCUGCUCUUCUCACAGAUCUCACACAACAGAACACAGAUCCUGUGGUUUCGGAGAGCAGUGCUUGCAGGUCUAACAACCUGCACGGUGCUCAACAUCCUCUGGUGCUGGGCCGUGCUGGAGAUUGUCCCCCAGACGUCGUUACCGGAGAGACCGCUGGUAACCGAGACGACAGCUCAGCCUGAUUCCAGGGGCCCUCCUUCCUCCGCCUCCCCCAGCCUGUACACCAACAUCUCCCUAGAAGAGUCUGAGAAAGCAGGAGAGAUCGCAACCAUACCCCUGACAAAGAUUAUCCAUGAACGCUACAGGGCUUACUCGUGGGUGGCUGAGCUGAUCCAGGUGUUCAUAGCCAUGAGCGUCACCGUGUCCUUCCUAGUGAUGGGAUCUGCCAUGAAACACACCAUUGACGGUCUGGUGAGCUCUCUGUGGAGCAGCAGACUGGAGUGGCUGUCCAAAGCCUGGGAGAGAAACCUGCCGAACAAACAGCACAUCUGCUCCGCGAAAAGCGUGGCCAAAGGAUUCAUGUCACUUCUUGGGUUUAUUGUCAUCUUCGUUGUGUCGGUGUGUGAUCCCAGGGGUUUCGUCGUCAUGCUGGACAAAGUUGUGUCGUUCUCCCUUAACACCGAAGUGGGACUGUUUGUCUUCAUCAUGCUGAGGGAGUCCAGAGAAGACAGAUUCCAACACCUCGCUGUCCCUCUGCCAGUGGGCGACUGCGUGUUCAGCCUCAGCUGGCUGCUGCCCACCUACUUCCUGUUUGCGGUGACUUACGACGUCCUGCAGACCCUGGCAGACGUAGCUCAUUACCUCCACCUCUACAGCCACAUGCAGGAGCCGCACGUCCACAAUCUGACCGGGAGUUUAGCGGCGGCGGCAGCAGCGUCAGCCGCCAACCUCUCCAUGCUGCUCUGAUCCACGAGCAGCCAGACAACACAAGGACUAGUCGAGAGUUCACGUUGCCAAACCUCACCCGUUAGUGAGCGCUUUUAUCUUGUAGUCAAGAUGCAUUUUUUUUUAGGAUAAGCGUGAUGGGUUUUUGACGGCGUCUUCGGUGGCCACUUGCACUUUCCUCAGACUGUUCCUCUGCGUAACAGCAUGUCCAGAGGUGCAGCAGCUGCAGGGGGACGCUCUAUUAUUUCUCCCUUUAGCCUCACCAGCCACUCCUGUCUACAAUGGAGAUGUUCUGCACACACCGAGCCAUAUUUUACACUUUACUGUGAAAAUGAAAUGUGCACACAGACGUCAAGAUUAUUUAUGCUCAGCGAUUAGAGGCUCGCAGUGGUCUGCUCACGUGCAUGUCCACAAAUCCAGUGCGUUUUUUUUUUUUUUUUUACUCAGGCAUGUUCCUCAGUUCCUCCUCACACAAGCAAAACCUUCACAUCAGUUUAGAGUUUCACCGAUCAGCCACAACAUUAAAACCACCAACAGGAGAAGUUGAUGACAUUGAUCAUCUUGUUCUGCUGGAAAACUUUUGGACCUGACAUCCAUGUGGAUGUUACUUAGAUGUAGCACCCACCCAGACUAGA